CAUGGCUACACAUUUCAUUUUGUUUUGGCUUCUUCUCCUAUCUCAACUUGCACUUUCCGUUUCGGGUCAAGUGUUUUGGAGCGUAAAUUGUGGGGAAUCGGUAAUCUACACCGAUGGUAACCUAAUGGUUUGGAUGCCAGAUGCAACUUUAAUCUCAAAUGGGUUUGCUCGAGUGGUUCAGUCACCCAACUCGAUAUCUACUGUGUUAGACUCUCUUAGAGUUUUCACCACUCGAAAAAAGAACUGUUAUUCUACCCCAGUUACGAAAGGUGAAAAAGUGCUAGUUCGGGCGAGUUUCAAUUAUGGAAACUAUGACGGAUUGUCAAGUCCUCCAACUUUUGAUCUCCACUUUGAUGGAAACUUUUGGACCACUGUUGAGACUACGAAUAGCGGGCUACAAAUGUACGAAGCCACUUAUGUUACAAAAAGGAGACACCGUUAGUGUGUGUGUGGCUCAAACAAAGUCCGGUCAAUUCCCAUUUAUGUCGGCUCUUGAAGUUCGCAGUGUCAACUCAGAUGUUUAUAACGAAGUUGAUGUAGAUCGGGCUUUGUUCUUGAUUAACAGGUUUUCUUAUGGUGCAAGUGGAAUCAUAAGAUUCCCACAAGAUCCUUAUGAUCGAAUAUGGAGACCCGCUCUUGGUGGAACCAAGACAAAGACAGUCACAAACGACGCAAUUCUUAUUGACCCCACUGGAGCCAAUGACCCCCCAUCGGGAAUAUUUGAAAACGCAAUUACAGUAAACAGCACGUCCGAUAGUUUGUAUUUGGGAACCAUUUCCCCUUUGAAUACUCCCGUGUCUAUGACAAUGUACUUCUCAGAAGUUAGCAAUCUCGACCUUACUGGUCAACUGAGGUCAUUUAGGUUUUACGAGACGACAACUUCAUCAAGUAGUUCAAUAUCAGAUCCAAUCUCACCACCCUACAGGACCAUGAUUGUACGCUACCUUUAUAAUUACACAGUGGAUUCCAUCACAGACAUUUCUUUAAUUGCUACUACUAAUUCUGACCUCCCACCUAUCAUAAACGCCAUCGAGACGUUUAAUAUUAGUGAAGUUUUAACCGAUGGGACCGAUAGCAAUGAUGUUGCGGCUUUAGCUUUGUUACAAACCGCAUUUGAUGUGUUGGGAGAAUGGAGCGGCGACCCGUGUCUUCCCGCACCGUAUUCGUGGGACUGGCUAAAUUGCAGUAAUGAGACGCCACCUCGCAUAACCUCGCUGUAUCUCAACGGCUACAAGCUUUCGGGUGAACUUCCAGACAUUAGUUCCAUGGACGCUCUUGAGAUAAUUGACUUGCACAAUAAUACAUUGCAUGGAGAAAUUCCUAGUUUUCUUGGCACCAUGACUAAUCUCCAACAACUGAAUUUGGCAAAUAAUGAGUUUAGUGGACCCAUACCCACUUCAUUAUCAAAUAACAACAAAUUGAGAUUGACUGUCACCGGAAAUCCUUCGGUGUGUACAUCUGGUAAGUCAUGUGCAACUUCUCCGGGGACUGUCAAUUCAUCUCCGGGGACUGUGAGUUCAUCUCCGGGGACUGUGAGUUCAUCUCCGGGGAGCACCACCAUAUCUCGCAGCAAGAAGAAGAAGAAAAGCAGCUCGCUACCAGCAGUACUCGGCACUUCAAUCCCGACAUUCUUUCUUAUCUGGAUUGCUGUCGGUGUGAUCGUCAUUUUGCGUAAGAAAAAGAAAGCAGUCAAAGACAAUACUGAGCCAGUUGCUACAGCCAGUGGAGCAAAUGAGAAUUCCAAUUGGUUGAAUAAAAUCGGUGAAGAAAUGAUGAAUGGAGUGCCACAAAAUUUCGGAUCAUCACCUACACCUUUACUUGAUGAUUCUGGUAAAAGUAGCGAUGUGAACGGACAAACAGGAGCUUAAAACCACAAUCAGACGUAGAUCUUAGUGUUUUUUUAAUUAUGUCUAAAAUGGGACAACAAUGCAUGAUUCUGUUUGUUUAGUGGUGAGUACGUGGGGCAUAUUGUGUUGUUGGAUAUUAGGUCGUAUGUGUUUGAGC